AUGUCCUGUUGCUUCAGGAGCAUCUCGAAGCCUCCAGCUCUCCACCUUUCAUCCGUGACAGAGAACAGAACCAGAGCAACCAUGAGCCACUCUUCCUCCACCUCCUACAGGCGCACUUUUGGAAGCCCACACCCCAUCACCCUGUCCUCCUUCACCCCCGUGUCCUCUCGGGUUCCUAUCUCUGGAGGCCGCUACAUGCGUUCGGCCUCACCUGUUGUGGCAUCCCGCUCUUCCACCUACCACCAACAGCGUUCCCGCCCCCAGCCCCCUCGCCUCUCCUACGACAAGGUGGACUUCACCUUGGCUGAAGCCGUCAACCAGGAGUUCCUCGCCACCCGCAGCAACGAGAAGGCUGAGCUGCAGGACCUCAACGACCGCUUCGCCAGCUACAUUGAGAAGGUGCGGUACCUGGAGCAGCAGAACGGUGCGCUGCUGCAGGAGCUGAACCAGUACAAGGGCCAAUACCAGCAAGGCCAGCCCAACCGGGCCUCUGAGCUCUUCCAGGAGGAGCUGAGGGAGCUGAGGAACCAGAUGGAUGCAAUCGGCAAAGAGCGGGACCAGUACCAGCUGGAGCGGGACAACCUGGCUGAUGACCUGGCUCUUCUCAAGCAGAGGUUGGAUGAAGAAGCUCAGAAGAGGGCGGACGCUGAAAAUAACCUGGUGGCCUUUCGCAAGGAUGUGGACGAUGCUACGUUGUCCCGUUUGGAGCUGGAGAGGAAGAUUGAAUCUUUAAUGGAUGAGAUUGAAUUCCUCAAGAAACUCCAUGAUGAAGAAAUCCAGGACGUACAAGUGUGUGUCCAGACCCAGCAGCUGAAACUGGAGGUGGACAGCACCUCCAGGCCGGACCUCACUGGUGCUCUGAGGGACAUCAGGGCUCAGUACGAGACCAUUGCCUUGAAGAACAUGCAGGAAUCGGAGGACUGGUACAAGUCCAAGUUCACUGACUUGACUGAUUCUGCCAAGCGCAACACCGACGCCCUGCGGCAAGCCAAGCAGGACGCCAACGAGUCCAGGAGGCAGAUUCAGUCUCUCAACUGUGAAAUUGAUGCACUGAAGAACACCAAUGAAGCUCUGCUGAGGCAGAUGCGUGAAAUGGAGGACCAGUUUGGCAACGAGCUGGCCAACUAUCAGGACAACGUAGGCAGACUUGAGGACGAGAUUCGUCACCUGAAGGAGGAGAUGGCUCGCCACCUUCGGGAGUACCAGGACCUCCUCAAUGUCAAGAUGGCUCUGGACAUUGAGAUUGCCACGUACCGUAAACUGCUGGAGGGGGAGGAGAGCAGGAUUGCUGUUCCCAUCUUUAAUGUUGGCAUGAGUAACCACCUUGGUGAGAGAGACUAUGAAAAAACUCCGGACCCUCAGAGCAAGAAAACCGUGGUAAUAAAGACGGUGGAGACCAGAGAUGGAGAAGUUGUGAAGGAGUCCAGGAAGGAGAGUGACCCGAGUAAAACCACCAAGGACGAAUAGACAAAAACUGUGAAGUUAGAUAAUGUGCCAUGAUAGGAUAAAAUAAAAUAAAAACAAUUAUGGCACAUCUAGUCUUAUUCCAUUAGUAAUGUGUGUCAUUAUCUAGCAAUGUGUCCCUCAGCA